AUGACAUUUCUACGUGUUGCCGUUGGUGGUGUGUUACUUUUUAUCGCAGAUGAGGUUAUUUGUGCAUUUGGAAGGCUUGGGACAAUGUUUGGGUGUGACAAGUACAAUAUUAAACCAGAUCUUGUUUCAGUAGCAAAGGCCCUUUCUUCGGCAUAUAUGCCCAUCGGAGCAGUCACGGUGAGCCCUGAAAUUUCAGAAGUCAUUUAUUCUCAAAGCAACAAACUUGGUACUUUCUCUCAUGGAUUCACCUACACUGGGCACCCUGUAUCCUGUGUGGUCGCAAUUGAAACACUCAAGCUCUACAAAGAAAGAAACAUUGUUGAGAAAGUGAAGAGCAUUUCACCCAGGUUUCAAGAUGGUCUAACAUCCUUUUCUGACAGUCCUACUGUUGGGGAGAUCAGAGGUAAUGGCUUGAUUCAUGGUACCGAGUGUACAGACAAGAAGUCACCUAAUGAUCCGUUCCCUCCUGAAUGGGGAAUUGGUGCAUAUUUUGGAGCACAAUGUGAGAAACAAGGGUUGCUAAUACGUGUUGCAGGCAACAACAUAAUGAUGUCUCCACCAUUAACAAUUACUCCUCCGGAGGUCGAUGAAUUGAUAAAAAAAUACGGCAAAGCAUUGAAGGCUACGGAGGAGAGGGUGAAGGAACUCAAGUACCAGCAGAAGAAACAGUGAAGAGAUUUUGUUGAUGAUGGUGGAAAAGGUAAUGCUGCUUCUUGUGAACCGAAAGCUAUAUCUGAUAAGUCAGUAAGUAAUAGAGUUCAUACUCGUAUCUGUAAAAUAUAUCUGGUGCCUUAAUAAAGCAACUGUUUUCGGUUUUACUUUGUUUCUUGUUUUUCAACUGCAUUUUGUUUGUUGUGUUUGUGACUAAACCGACGAAAAAUAAAACGAUAGAAGUAUUCAUGGGUCGGAUAAAUUCGGAUUUUAAAUGUUAACAGUGUCUAGCUUAUUGUUUUGUUCAA